AUGGCGCCGUCGGGUGCUCUUACCAACACCCCCGCUGUAUCCUUCAUCGGCAUAGUCGACUUUACGGAGAAGGCAAAUUGGGUCUUCCUUUCAGAAUCGGUGUCCGAACUACUUGGGUACGAGCCUCGCGAGUUAGUUGGCACCUCCUCCUUGGACCUUGUGCAUCCCGACGAAUUCCCACCUGUCAAACAAAUGCAUUACGUUACCAUCGCCCAAGACAAAGCAGCAGCGCUUGCAUAUCUGCGCAUGAAACACAAGGAUCCCCUUCACGGUUAUAUUUUAUGCGCCAUCACGCGUACCGUGGCUCAGAAUGUGUUGGUUGGUAGUGUUUCGUAUGCCUCGGAAGGUGCUCAGACCAUGCGCAACGUUUCCACCGCCUCCGCUGUGGAGGUCGUGACUCCGUACGCAAAGCAUCUCGCUUUCCGGCACUGGGCGGAUGAAGACCCGUUCAGUCUGGUUGAGAAAGACGAAGGCCAAGUCGAGGACGUCGUUGAGCGUCCUGACUCGCCCUCGGCACCGCCGCGUCAAACACUCACGCCCCCUCCUCCCAGGCGUUCACGCAAGGAGCUGUCUCCGACGCGUCUGAGUGAUCCGCCAGAGUCUCUUUCGGCAACGCGCCGCAGAAGGAAUCGCCUGUCUCUCCCUGGCACGCUCCCUCCAGCUUCUUACGACGAGACGGGUGUUAUCGGCUUCCCACCUCUUCCAGCACAGUCCGUUAGAACGGCGCUCUUCCUGGACCGUUUUUCGCAGGACUGCCCCAUCACCUACGUGUCCAAUGACAACUUUGUCCAGACAGUGAAUGUGAUGGGACGACCGUUCUUCGAUUUUGUCGCUAAGAAAGACGAGGAGCUUGUCAAAAGCUGGAUCGAGGCCGUCAAAGCGUGGGGCGUGAAUGAGCGCGGACAGCCAAGCGAUGGCGGGUUUGGAUACGGGAAGUUCCACCUAUUUCUGCCUGGUCGCGAUUCUAAAGAUCGGCCUGACAUCCCUGGUACGCGAAGCCGUCGUAAUAGCCGCGGCGGCGGAUCCGGGAGCCGCUCUGCGCCCCUCAGUCGACGAGGGAGCGCAGGCAGUCGCCCACCCUCGUCACAUCAAGUUAGCGCGCCCGCCAAUCUCCAAGCUCAAGCUUCGACUUCGCGUCAGCCAGACCGAGCACGCUCCGCGUUGAACGACGAGAAGUGGGUCGAUGCGAUCUUCUCCGCGCACUCUGACGGGCUGGUUGUCAUCAUCCGACACGCUCAUUGA